AUGGGGCCACAUGGGCACCAGUCCUUCCUGCUGCUCCUGGCCCUCUGUGCCACAGGGGCUUUCGUCAGCGCCACAGUGCUGUCUGGCCUGCCCACCACAGUGAGUGUGAUGGAGAGCGUGGGACCGGGUACGAUCAUCAUGGAGUUCAACCUGACCUGCCAGAAUGAGAGCAGCGUCCCCACCCCUGCCCCCACCCUGCAGAGCACCCCCCCGACCUCCUUCUUUAACCAACCCGUCGUCACCCGCCACGCCAGCCCAACUGUCCACUACAGCAUGCAGAUCACGCUGAGCCCCAGUGCAGCGCUGGAUGCUCGGCAGGUCAAUCAGUACACACUGACCCUGGGGGCCACCUGCCCAGGGGAGAUGCCUGCCAAUGGCCAGCUCUUCGUCCUGGUCCAGACGGUGGACGGGCCCCCCCAGUGCAUGGCCAGGUUUGCUAGCCAAGUGGGGGAGCUGGUGCAAGUCUCAGAGGAUGUGGCACCCCUGACGCCCAUCUACACCGUGGUCCUGCGGCGGCCGGCUAGCGGGCUGAGGUUCACCAUAGAAGACAAUGACACGCCCCUCACCAUCGACCACGCCGGGCAGGUGCUGGCACCAGGAUCAGGCUUCAUCCCAGCCCAUGCCGGCCAGGCGUUCAGGCUGCAGAUCCUGGUGACCGACAGGAGCGGAAGAAACUGCAGUGGGGCCGUGACAGUGAGGGUGCUGCCCGUCCACCACCCCCGCAUCAACUUCACGGCGGAGUGGCGCAGUGUGGCCGUGCUGGAGAAGAGAGGUGCCAUGCAGCUCGUCACACAGGUCCAUGCCCAGGGGGACAACGUGCGCUAUGAGAUCAUCGCCCCAGCCGCCCACGGGCUCUACACCAUCGAUGCAGUUACUGGCGAGCUCCGCAACACCUACGAACUGGACCUGCAGCGCUCCCCAGAGGUGGCACACACCCAACUGCUGGUGCGGGCCUACAACAUGCUGCACCCCAGUGACAGCGACACCAUGGGCCUCAACAUCACCGUGCUGUCCACGAACACACUGGCACCGCGCUGCUCCCCCGCCGUCUUCCUGGCUCAGGUAUCUGAGGACACCCCCAUCGGCUGGACUCUCGUGACGCUGACAUGCAUGGACCCAGAUGCCAGCAACAGCUCCCUGCGCUACCAGGUGGAGGGCAACCAACGCUCGCGCUACAGCUUCCGCAUGCAGGGCCCACAGCUGCAGGUCAACGAGACCCUGGACUACGACUCAGCUGCCAGUGCCCGCUUCCAGUACAUGGCCACCAUCCUGGUAACGGACAGUGGGCAGCCUCCCCUGAGCACCCGUGUGCCCGUGCUGGUGACGGUGACUCCGAAGAACGAGCACUCACCUGCGUGCCCAGCCAGUGCCCUGUUCAGCGUGCCAGAGGAUGCUGCCUUCGGCGACACAGUGGGCCGGGUCAAUGGCACGGACCUGGACUACCCCUUCGACAACAUUGAGUACAGCAUUGCUGGGGGUGCCAGCGCCAGCCCGCCCACCUUCUAUAUCGGCCCACGCACCGGUGAAAUUCACGUGCUCGGGCCCCUGGACUACGAGAGCAAGCAGGUCUAUAUCCUAACCGUGCAGCUGCAGGAUGUGGCCAAUGAUGCAGACCCACGGCACCAGCGCAGUGUGCUGUGUGACAUCACCAUCCAAGUGCAGGACACCAAUGACCAGCCCCCGCGCUGCACGCCCCCAUUCCAGGAGUUCUUCAUCUACUCCACCCGGGACCCCAGUCUGCCCCUCGCGCAGUUGCAGUGCUCUGAUGAGGACAAGAGCACCGUGCUGCCCCUGACCUACACCCUUGUGGGAGGCAACACCAAUGAGCGCUUCCGGCUGGCGGGCAGCACUCUGCUGCACUCCGCUUUCUCCUACCCACCCGACAGCAUCCGUGAGCCCCACAUCUUCGAGCUGCUGGUGGAGGUGACGGACAGCCUCAGCGCGCCACGCCACAGCACCACAGCCACACUGGUCGUGCACGUGACGCCCUGGGCCACUACCACGCCCAGCACCGCCACUACGCACACGACCCUGCAGAAGAAGCCGCUAGUUGUCACCCGCAUCGAGCUGUUCUGGGCACCCUUGCCCUGGUUUGUGGCGGUGCUGACCGUCUCCAUGGCGCUGCUGCUCGUGGCGCUGGCAUGGCUGUCGUGGAAACUCCUGUGCAGGCCUGCUCCAGGCAAGUCAGCGCAGCCACUCCUACAGGACAGGGCCUCGUCAGACUCACAUGUGGCAAAGAACAGCGCAGCCCCGGGAGAGCUGGACAAGGAGACAGGCCGCGCCAGCGUCCUCAGCCUGCAGGAGCAGUUUGAUGGCCGCGCCCAGGACCCCAUUACAGGUCAGGAUUACCUCUUCAACAGCAGCACUGGAGCGCGCCGCUGGGUCUGA